GCUCCAACUUCAGCUUGACAACCCACGACACCUUGACCCCUCGCUCAAACAAGAUGUCUCACCGAAAGUUCGAGGCGCCGCGACACGGUUCGCUUGCUUUCCUGCCCCGAAAGCGAGCUGCAAGACACCGAGGCAAGGUCAAGAGGUAGGAUACACUGGUUCUCUAGAAGUCAUGACUCCGUCUUUUCAAGGAGUCGAAGCUGAAAACAUUUGGUCCAGCUUUCCAAAGGAUGACCCAAAGAAACCAGUCCAUCUCACCGCUGCCAUGGGAUACAAGGCCGGGAUGACCACCAUUGUCCGCGACCUUGAUAGACCUGGCGCGAAGAUGCACAAGAAGGAGAUUGUCGAGGCUGUCACUGUCAUUGAGACGCCGCCCAUGAUCGUUGUCGGCCUCGUCGGCUACAUCGAGACACCUCGCGGCCUGCGCUCGCUCACCACGGUGUGGGCCGAACAUCUCUCGGACGAAGUCAAGCGCCGCUUCUACAAGAACUGGUACCGAUCGAAGAAGAAGGCCUUCACCAAAUACGCUAAGAAGCACUCGGAGAACAAAGGCGCCUCGGUCACGCGGGAACUCGAGCGCAUCAAGAAAUACUGCACGGUCGUCCGGGUCCUCGCGCACACCCAGAUCCGUCAGACCCCGCUCAAGCAGAAGAAGGCGCAUCUGAUGGAGAUCCAGGUCAACGGCGGCAGCGUCGCGGACAAGGUCGACUUCGGGCACGGGCUGUUCGAGAAGCCGGUCGAGAUCGACAGCAUCUUCGAGCAGGACGAGAUGAUUGACUGCAUCGCCGUCACCAAGGGCCACGGCUUCCAGGGCGUCACCAGCCGAUGGGGCACCAAGAAGCUCCCCCGCAAGACGCACAAGGGUCUGCGAAAGGUCGCUUGUAUCGGCGCCUGGCAUCCUUCGCACGUCCAAUGGACGGUGGCCCGCGCCGGUCAGAUGGGUUACCACCAUCGUACCUCGGUCAACCACAAGGUCUACCGCAUUGGCAAGGGCAAGGAUGAGAAGAACGCCGCCACCGACUUUGACGUCGUGAGCAAGCAGAUCACACCCAUGGGCGGUUUCGUCCGCUACGGCGAGGUCAAGAACGACUUCGUCCUCCUCAAGGGCUCCGUGCCGGGCGUCAAGAAGCGGGUCAUGACCCUCCGCAAAUCCAUGUUCCCCCACACCUCGCGGAAGGCGCUCGAGAAGGUCGAGCUCAAAUGGAUCGACACGUCCUCCGAGUUCGGGCACGGCGCGUACCAGACACCCCAGGAGAAGCGCCAAUUCCUGGGCACGCUCAAGAAGGAUCUUGUUGCUGCUUCGUGAGGGUGAUAGCAGGAUGGGGGUGUAUGUAUGCAUUGAAGGUGGUUGUGGUGGCGGUGGUGGUGUCAGCCAGAAAAAGACGAAAACGGGGUUCCGUCUUUAUGCUCGCUUUAUCUUCGAAAGAGAUGAGCUGUGCAUUGAUUGCAUGAGAUACCAAACAGACGUUUUCCUGUUCUCCUUGAUUUACAAGCGGAAUGAUAGCAUGGUCAAGAACGAGUCCUUGCCUUGGGAGUAGGAAAAAAUAAAUCCAAAUUUCACGCACCUA